UUUCCUUUCACCGACGCUGGUUAACUGCGGGCCAAGGACUGGCAGCCCAUCCCUGAGCUCAGCCUGAAGUGCUCCCUUUGCUUUAGCCCCUGGGUCCUGAGGAAUAGAUCUGCCCCGUUGUUUCUCUCCUUGCCAUUCUCCUUGCCUCAUUCCUUCUCUCGUCUCCUCUCGGACCCGAGCUCGCUCAGCCAGGUACACUGCGGAGCACGCUCCUCACUAUGGGGCCCUAGUCCCCAGGGACAUCGCUCGACAGCCUGCGCUCUUGGGCCUCCCUGUCCACAGGGACUCUAUUUAUACAACAAAGUAUCUCUCUCUCUCCGUGUCUGUCUUUCUCUCUCUUUUUUUUUCUAUCGGUCGGAACAGUGAUGUGAAUACAAUAUAAUUCCCGGAAUCCACCGCUUCCUGGAAUAGAUUAAAAGAGGCAAACAAAAGAUUAGUCAGUGGUGCGUUUCCCCCUCCCCCUUCCUCCCCCUUCUUCGCCUCUCCCCCCGCCCCCACUCAUUCUCUUUCCUUCCCCUCCAGCUCAUUACAGCGAGUGGCCGCCUAGACACUGGUCGUGUCUCCUGGGCUCGGGAACCCUCUCGCCUUCUCUGUCCUGGACUGUCUGCCUGGCUGGCGGUGUUGAGCCUCUGGCCUGGAUCGGACGCCUGAGUUCUCUUGGACCGAGAAGGGAAACCUGACGAUUUUUCUCAGCUUCUCGCGGCUGGCUGCGGGAAUUCUUAGCGCCCUGGACCUUUUCCUAGAGCCGGCUUUAGGGAGGAGACCACAGAACCAGAAGCCCGGGCGAGCCCCGAGCUCCUCCCCGAACCCCUUGCGAACGCUUGGCUGAAGUUAGACUGACUGAGCCCGCGGACUGAGCUAACAGUUAACCGGGUCGUUCCCCGAGCGCGGAAGGAACAGCCUCUUUCCAUACAUCCCUCGCUCCGGAUCAGGACAGAAGAAGGAGCGAGAGAAAGGACAAGGGGGAGACCGCGACUGGCCUCCCUGAAGUCCGACGGGACAUGAUCUUCUGCAUCCACGGACCCCAUCCUUUAUUGGAAGAAGAGAAGAUCGGCAGGUUGACAGUAACCGGGCUAACUGAAUUACCAGAGCCAGUCAUGCAGCCCCUGUCUGUGAACUCCUUCCAAGAGGAGGAAGAAGCCCCUCCCCUGAUGGAGAAUGAGUUGCAUCAAGUUCGUGACCCUGAGGAAGACUUAUUAUGUAUUGCCAAGACAUUCACUUACCUGCGGGAAUCCGGUUGGUACUGGGGAUCUCUCACAGCCGGGGAAGCCAAACAGCACCUUCAGAAGAUGCCCGAGGGCACCUUCCUGGUACGGGACAGCACCCACCCCAGCUAUCUGUUCACACUCUCCGUCAAGACCAACCGGGGUCCCACCAACGUUCGCAUAGAGUAUGCCGACAGCAAAUUCCGGCUGGACUCGAACUGUCUGUCCAAGCCGCGGAUUUUGGCCUUCCCGGAUGUGGUCAGCCUCAUCCAGCAUUAUGUCACCUCCUGCACGGCUGAUGGCAAGAACGAUACCCCGUACCCAUCCCCUGCCUCCCUCCUGCCCAGCCACAAGGACAUGGUUCCCAGCACAGCCGCCAUGGCAGCUGUCCACCUGAAACUCAUUCAGCCCUUUGUGCGAAAGAACAGUGCCCCGAGCCUGCAGCACCUGUGUCGGCUCACCAUCAACAAGCUCACUGCUGAGGUUGACCAGCUGCCUCUGCCUAAGCGGAUAGGGGACUAUCUCAGGCAGUAUCCUUUCCAGCUCUGAGACAGAGCCUGCGGCCCAGUUCUCUUGGCAGACCCGGGAAGAACAGGAAGCGACCUCCUCAUUUGUCCUUCUACAGAAACUAUCUCACAAGACACAGACCUCACAAAUCCAACAGGUGUGGAUUAUGGUAACUACCUUUUGGGGAUUGGGAGUGCCCCUUCCCUUUCCUCCUCCCCUACUUCCUACCCAUCCUUGUGGGGAGCAAGGUGCUUGGUCUGUGUCUACAGACCUGGGGACCCGAGAGCAGGAAGAAAGCCUGAAGUUCCUGGGGGCCAGACCAGGGCCAUGGGACUGGGCUCCUGCUUCUGGUUUCCUGACCAUAAUGGGGAGAUCUCGAGGGUAUCAUCACCCUCUCCUGCUGUGCCAGGAUGUGGGACCAUCCCAAAGCCGGACUGGGGUACCCCUCUGACUCCGUCAUCUACGUGCCAACUACCUGAACCAUGGGGCCUUGGCUGCUUCUCUGCGCUGGGCAACAGGCCAGAAUGGAGAGCCUUACCACCUAGGCCCGGCCUUCUCCGGAGGCAGGCAGUCAAGCCUGCUUGCCACUCACCCCGUCGCCAGCCCCACCCCCAGCGAACACUACCUGACUGGUCGAGCUUGCCAAUGAACAUUUCUCAUCGGAAAAGAGGCAGCGGAAAUUCCUUCCUCCCUUGCCAUCCACCCUUCUCCGUCCAUGGGAAUUGCCAAAUCCUGGCAUCCCGGGGCUCUCAACACUCGUCAGUAAAGUCUGGGAGAGAGGGAAGAAGGGGAGGCCACAGGAAAGAGAUGGAGAGGUCUCUUGGCCUGAGGCCAAAAGGGACCCAACUGGUUUUGAGUAUUUAUUUAUUUAUUCUUUCUGUUUGUUUGUGGUUCAAUAAUACCAGAGCAGGGCCUAGAUUCAGCAAGCUGGUCUCAGCCUGUUUUAGGUACCUGAUUCACGGAUCUUAGAGGUCUCUAAAGUGUCCCAGAGAUCUAAUUUUUACCUGUUUUCUCUGAUGUGGCAAAGUCUUUUUCUUAAAUGAAGUCUGUCUAACCAAAUCAGUGCCAGUAGAUGAAGCUCCUCCCUGACCUUGAGCACCAGCUCCCUGCCUCCCUAGCCCUCUGGAAGGUGUCUUCCCCACAGGGAAAGGAAACCCUUAUCUUCACAGGGUUAGAAGGCCCUUACCUCCACAGAUCUGAAUUCAGUUAAGGCUGAGGACCCCCCUUCCAUUCCGGCCCUCCCACCUGAAUCUCAGAAGAAAUUGUGCACAUUCCCAUGAGUGCUCUGGUCCUUUCCCAAGGCCCCUGAGGUUGCAAUGGCAAGCUGUCUUCUUGCACAUUAAUAAACAGGUCGCUCAAGGGGCAGGGGCUUUUAGGGGGUGGGAUGGGGUGGGGGGCAGGUAUGCAACAGGGGGUGCAUAUAUUUGAAUAGUUCAUCUGUGACUGUAACCUCAUUUCCCUUUCCUUAGGGACCCUGGGAAGAUGAUUUAACUUAGUCACACAGAGAGAAUUGUAAAUCUGAUUUACAAAGAAACUUUUUAAAAUAAUAAUUAUUAUAAUAAAA